CUAGUGGUCUAUAAGGCAGAUAAUGUAAAGGCACUAAAGGUCAUCCGUUUCUGUGGCUUACGGUUAACGAGGAUGCAAUGUUGCCAGCACUACGACCAACCGCCUUUACUUUUCUACAACUAAUGUCAGUUGAAAAAGAUACAAUUUAAAAAAGGAGCAUCGUGAGAAAAUGACUUCCUUCCCAAUAGAUAAAUAUGCCCUUCCAGCAGCAGUUACUGUUGCAGGCAUCCACCAAAUGUUUACUUUUGCAAAGUCUGUCGGCAAUGCCAGGAGAAAGUACAAUGUGCAAGUUCCAGAGACAACAGGACCACCAGAGUUCGUGCGAGUGUUUAGAGCACACCAGAAUUCCUUAGAGUUUUACCCGGUUUCACUGACUGGGCUGUGGAUUGGGUCCGUGUUCUUUCAUCCAGUGCCAGCCUCAGUCUUCUACGGGGUUUAUCUCUUAGGCAGAAAAAGGUACUUUGAAGGAUAUGUGGAAAAAGAAGACAAAAGGCUACCAGGAUUUUACUUGAGUCUGCGCUGUCUGACGGGCCUAUCCGUUCUGUGCUUGCUGGGCGUCGGUCACAAGCUUGUCCGCUACUACGGAGGAGUCGAUCUGUUAACUCUAUUACAGGAAAAACUACCAAUGAUUAAAAAUUGAUUCCUAUAUUUUGCAAAUUAACUAGAGCGAAAACGCUUUAUAUAAAAUUAGCCUACUUGACUUUAAUAUGAGUUAGAAUAUAUAUCAUGUUUUUUAUGCUAAUUUUUAUCAGAAUUUUUACUUUUAUGAAACCAUACUGAACUUUUUCACGUGGCACUCACUUUGCUUCUACAUGUGAAUGAAUAAGUUUUAAAUCAAUAAAAAUUAUGAUUGUAUAUUUAUAUUAAUAAAAUGCUUAAUAUAUAAAA